GGGGGACGCGCUGUCAGUCGCGGGGCGCGGCGCGUGCUGCAGGCCGAGCCAGGCGGGCCUUGGGGCCCAGCGUGGACGCCCGCCGGGCCCUCUGUCUGUUUGCUGUCCCCCCCCACCCCCAGCCGUAGCGAACAGAAAGUGGCCUGAGCCUCGCGCCCGAGGGAGGCCGCGUCCAGGCGGCCCCGCUCCACCCCGCCGCGUCCACCUCCCGGGGUCGUUAGAGCGAAAGGGGCAGGUGGGCGGCGGCGGCGGCCGGCUGUUGCCGGAACGGCAGCCCUGCCACGCGCGGCGCCGCAGUCCCGGCCCGUGCGCGCAGCCGCGGCCCGGGUGUCUGGGUGCGCUCUCUGCCUGGAUGCCCGAGGGGAGAGCAGCUGUCUGUGCCUUUUGGUUUCCACCGUUCCCAGCUGGGCUUGAGGCCGGCGCCUUGAUGGGUCAGCGCUCGUGGACCAGCACCCCGGCCACCCAAUCCCCUCCUGGCACCCUGGCUCUUUAAUCCCGCCGCCUAGUGCUCCAGGCCAACCUGGACGUGGACCAGAAAGAAGGAAGGCCGCGCGCCCCCAUGGCAGGCUGUUUGUUGGGAGUGUACCUCUUGCAGACCUUGGGGUGCUGGGUGGCCCUUGGAGGGGGUCAGGAGGCGGAAAUUGCAGCCCAAGUGGUAAAAUGGAACUACAUGGGAAACCGAUGGAAGUUGAGCACUCGGUCCCUAAACGGCAGAGGAUUCGGAAACUUCAGAUACGAAAUAUCCCACCCCACUUACAAUGGGAGGUGCUGGAUAGUUUACUAGUCCAGUAUGGAGUGGUGGAGAGCUGUGAGCAAGUGAACACGGACUCGGAAACGGCAGUUGUAAAUGUAACCUAUUCCAGUAAGGACCAAGCUAGACAAGCCCUAGACAAACUGAAUGGAUUCCAGUUAGAGAACUUCACCUUGAAGGUUGCCUACAUCCCAGAUGAAACCGCUGCCCAGCAAAAUCCCUCGCCACAGCUCCGAGGGCGCCGGGGAGCAGGGCAGCGGGGCUCAUCCAGGCAGACAUCUCCAGGAUCCGUGUCCAAGCAGAAACCCUGUGACCUGCCGCUGCGCCUGCUGGUUCCCACCCAGUUUGUUGGAGCCAUUAUAGGAAAAGAAGGUGCCACCAUUCGCAAUAUCACGAAGCAGACCCAGUCUAAAAUCGAUGUCCAUCGUAAGGAGAAUACAGGGGCGGCGGAGAAGUCCAUUACUAUCCUCUCUACCCCUGAAGGCACCUCUGCAGCUUGUAAGUCUAUUCUGGAGAUUAUGCAUAAGGAAGCGCAAGAUAUAAAAUUCACAGAGGAGAUCCCCUUGAAGAUCUUAGCUCACAAUAACUUUGUAGGCCGUCUCAUUGGUAAAGAAGGAAGAAACCUUAAAAAAAUUGAGCAAGACACAGACACUAAAAUCACAAUAUCUCCAUUGCAGGAACUGACGCUGUACAAUCCGGAGCGCACCAUUACAGUUAAAGGCAAUGUUGAGACCUGUGCCAAGGCUGAGGAGGAAAUAAUGAAGAAGAUCAGGGAGUCUUAUGAAAAUGACAUUGCUUCCAUGAAUCUUCAAGCACAUUUAAUCCCUGGAUUAAAUCUGAAUGCCUUGGGUCUGUUCCCACCCACGUCAGGGAUGCCACCUCCCACCUCAGGGCCCCCCUCAACCAUGACUCCUCCCUACCCACAAUUUGAGCAAUCAGAAACAGAGACUGUGCACCUGUUUAUUCCCGCCCUGUCCGUUGGUGCCAUCAUUGGCAAGCAGGGCCAGCACAUCAAACAGCUUUCUCGUUUUGCAGGAGCUUCGAUUAAGAUCGCUCCAGCCGAAGCACCAGAUGCUAAAGUGAGGAUGGUGAUCAUCACUGGACCACCAGAGGCUCAGUUCAAGGCUCAGGGAAGAAUUUAUGGAAAAAUUAAAGAAGAAAACUUUGUUAGUCCUAAAGAAGAGGUGAAACUUGAAGCUCACAUCAGAGUGCCAUCCUUUGCUGCUGGCAGAGUUAUUGGGAAAGGAGGCAAAACGGUGAAUGAACUCCAGAAUUUAUCAAGUGCUGAAGUUGUUGUCCCCCGUGACCAGACACCUGAUGAAAAUGAUCAAGUAGUAGUCAAAAUAACUGGCCACUUCUAUGCUUGCCAGGUUGCCCAGAGGAAAAUUCAGGAAAUUCUGACUCAGGUAAAGCAGCACCAACAGCAGAAAGCUCUGCAGAGUGGACCACCUCAGUCAAGGCGGAAGUAAAGGCUCAGGAGACAGCCACCACAGAGGCAGACGCCAAACCAAAGACAGAUUUGCUUAACCAACAGACGGGUGCUGACCCAUCCAGAAUCACAUGCACGAGUUUUUACCUAGCUGGUUGUUCCUGAGGACCAGGCAACUCGAACUCCUGUCUCUGUGAGAAUGUAUACUUUAUGCUCUCUGAAAUAUAUGACACCCAGCUUUAAAAAAAAAAAAAAAAGAAAAAAAGGUGGGGGUAGGGAAAGAGAACUCUGCACUUCCCUUGUGAUAUCAAAGUAUAACAAACCUGCUAAUUUUUCUUAAUAUCCCUCCAUAAGGCCAGAAAUUGGCAUAAAUGGUACAUUCACUAAACUUAUCAAUAUAAAUUUAAAACUAGAUCGUUCCUAAGUCCAAUUGUUGAAAUUGGAUCAAAGUAGAAUUGUCAGAGGAACACAAUGUUAAGCCAUUAGAAUAGAAGAGCUGUUGUUUCCUGUUUCUCUAACACUAACGUGGAUAACCUAAGGGAAGUGCCAACCGCUGGUGGCGGGGUAUUAAACGUGCAUUUUUACUCAACUACCUCAGGUAUUCAGUAAUACAGUUAAAAGCAAAAUUAUUCCUUUUUUGAAAAUUUUAUAUACUUUAUAAAAACUCCAACCGUUUUUUUAAAAAAAUAAAAUAAAAUUUAACAGUUAUCAGCUGAUAGCCAAGUAAUUGAAAAAGUAAUUUUACGUCUGGCUGGUGACAG